AUGGCUACUACCGUCAACAUCCGUCGGGACAACCCUGAUCCCUUUUACCGUUACAAAAUGGAACGCCUCCAAGCAAAGAUCGAAGGCAAAGGCAAUGGCAUCAAAACCGUUGUUGUUAAUCUCAACAAUGUUGCCCAGUCUUUGGGUCGCCCACCAGCCUACUUGAUCAAGUACUUCGGAUUUGAACUCGGGGCUCAAGCAAACGCUAAGCCGACAGAUGAUCGCUGGAUUAUCAACGGCGCCCACGACGCUUCCAAACUUCAGGACUACCUUGACGGGUUUAUCGUAAAAUUCGUUUUGUGCAAGAAGUGCAAGAACCCAGAAACCGAAGUUGUCGUCAAAGAACCCCGCAUUAUCCUGGACUGCAAAGCCUGUGGUGAACGGUCCGAUGUCGACCUUCGUCAAAAGCUUAGCAGUUUCAUUUUGAAGAAUCAGCCAAAGAAGGGAAAGAAGGACAAGUCCACCAAGAAGUCUCGGCGCGAAAGAAACAAGGGCAAGGGCGACGGAGAGACGAAUGGGAGAGGCAAACGGAGAUCCCAAGAAAUCGACGACGACGACUGGGCGGUUGAUGUUUCCGAGGAAGCUGUCAAGGCUCGUGCUCAGGAACUCCCCGACGAUGUUAAACGUUCUCUCGUCAUUGAUGAUGAUGAUGAUGGUGAAGGGGAAAAUGGGUCGGCCUCCGCUUACGAUCUUCUCGGUAGCUGGAUUAUAAGCUCUGCCAAGGGUUCUGAGGAAGGUGUCUCAAGCAUCAGUGACAUCGACAUCUAUAUGAAGGCCAAAGAGCUGGGAAUUGAGUCGAAGCACAAGACCCUCGCCGUCUUGGCUCAGACCAUGUUCGACGACAAAAUUGUUAAGCAAAUUCCAUCCAGAGCUGGCAUGCUCAAGAAGAUGAUCACUUCUGAGCGCCAUGAAAAGGCAUUCCUUGGAGGAACCGAACGUUUAGUUGGAAUUGAACGUCCCAAUCUCUGCCCAAGUGUCCCAGCCAUCCUACUCGCUUAUUACCAGGAAGAUCUGAUUUCGGAAGAAGUCCUCAAGGCCUGGGGCUCGAAGGCCAGCAAGAAAUACGUCGACAUCGCCACCAGUAGGAAGGUCCGCAAGGCUGCUGAGAAGUUUAUCGAAUGGCUUGAGACUGCCGAGAGCGAUGAGGAUGAUGAUGAGGAUUAA